AAGAGCUCCACAGGCUUAUCAGCUGCUGUCCUGGGUCCCAUGUUGUGCACAUCACAUCGAGGCCCAUCCAAGUUUUCCCUGCACUCUCCUGCCAAGUUGAUAUCAUAUAGCACCUGACUCUGUCUAUCCCUGUCUGAACAAGGUCUCAGAACAAGCAAUUACAAGAUGUCUGACCAACAGGAUUCUGUUCUCACCAAUGGGGUUCCUGACAUAGAAAAGAGUUCUGAGAGUUCUAGUGUGAUUGGCAUUCCUCUUGGAGAAACCAAACCGUUAGUACCAGUUGCCAAACUUCAACAGAAGGAACUCUACCGCAGUCCCCUUGUCAACGGAGGGGUAGUAGACCAUCCACAACCAGAGUCAGAGUCAGAGUCUGAUGGAGAAGACACAGACAGUCAGGAGUCAGUUUCUGUAGAACCUGCAGUGAUAACCCCAUCAAGAAUAUCUGAAGCACCAGCCAAAUUACCCAGAUCCCCUGGACAAGAGGGACCUCAAGGGGAUCCUCUCUCAGGCAACUGCUGCCCCUGCUGUCCCCAUACUACAGGUGCCUCGGUGCCCCUGAAGCUGUCGGAUGUGUCCCUGGCCACAGCAGAUCAGCUCUGGUGCACCUCCAGGGACCAGGCGGUUAAGCUGAGGAUGGCUGAGACGGGGCCGGGAUCCGAGGCCCCCAUGACUAUCCACCAGAUGUUCUUAAAGACGGUGAAGAUCUAUGGAGACCUGCCUGCGGUGGCGUCCAAGAAAGAGGGGCAGUGGGUAACCCUGACCUGGAGGGAGUACUACCAGCAGUGCAGAGCGGCGGCCAAGAGCUUCCUCAAGUUGGGUCUGGAGCGUUACCAUGGCGUCGGUAUUCUGGGCUUUAACUCUCCUGAGUGGUUCAUCUCAGACGUCGGCUGUAUCCUGGCUGGGGGUUUUUCUGCAGGCAUAUACACCACCAACUCCCCCGAGGCGUGUCAGUAUGUGGCAGACAACUGUGAGGCCAACGUCCUCGUGGUGGAGAACCACAAACAGCUCCUCAAAAUCCUCCAGAUUAAGGAACAGCUUCCACACUUGAAAGCUAUUGUUCAGUACAAGGAUGAACUUCAACAGAAGCUGCCAAACCUGUACACUUGGGCUGAGUUUAUGAAGCUGGGUGAGGAGGUGUCUGAUGAACGGCUAGAUGCUGUGGUGGACAGUCAGAGGGCUAACCAGUGUUGUACGCUCAUCUACACCUCUGGAACCACAGGCAACCCCAAAGGGGUCAUGCUAAGCCAUGACAAUAUCACCUGGACUUCAAAUGCGGUCGGAGUCAUGACAAGUCUGCAACAUGGUGUGGAGUGCGUGGUGAGCUACCUGCCCCUGAGCCAUGUAGCUGCCCAGAUCAACGACAUGUGGAUCAGCAUGAGAUUUGCAGGGGCAACGUAUUUCGCAGACCCAGACGCCCUGAAGGGCUCUUUGGGGACUACUCUGAAAGAGGUGCGCCCCACAAGUUUCCUGGGAGUUCCCCGUGUGUGGGAGAAGAUGCAGGAGAAGAUGAAAGCCAUCGGAGCCAAGUCCUCUGGUAUGAAGAAAAGAGUGGCUAACUGGGCCAAAUCCAUCGGAUUGCAAGCCAGCUACAGUGCCAUGAAUGGUGAGAACCUGGUGCCCUGGGGCUUCAUGCUGGCAAACAACCUGGUGUUUAAGAAAGUUCGCUGGGCCUUGGGUCUGGACCGCUGCAAGAACUGCUUAACGGGGGCCGCACCCAUCACUAAGGAGACUCUGGAGUACUUCAUGAGCCUUAGCCUCCCGCUGUAUGAGCUGUAUGGGAUGAGUGAAAGCACCGGCCCUCACACCAUCUCCUGGGAGAAUAACUUCAAGAUCAUGAGCUGUGGAAGGGUGGUGGUUGGCUGCCAGACCAAGUUGGACAAGCCAGACGAGGAUGGGAAUGGUGAGAUCUGUUUCUGGGGGCGUCAUGUGUUCAUGGGCUACCUGAAUGAGCCAGAGAAGACUGAGGAGGCCCUGGACCAGGAGGGCUGGCUGCACUCUGGAGACCUGGGCAAGCAUGACAAGGACAACUUCCUAUUCAUCACAGGGAGGAUAAAGGAGCUGAUCAUAACAGCAGGAGGAGAGAACAUCCCACCUGUACCCAUUGAGGAUGCAGUGAAAGCAGAGAUCGCCAUCAUCAGCAACGCCAUGUUGCUCGGAGACAAGAUGAAAUUCCUCUCCAUGAUGCUCACGCUCAAAUGUAUAGUUGACGACAAUGGCGAACCGACGGACGAGCUGACCCCAGAGGCUGUGGCGUUCUGCCAUCAGCGUGGCAUAACGGCAACCAAGGCCUCUGAGAUCAUAGCCAGUAAGGAACCAGCUAUUUAUAAGGCCAUCCAGGAGGGCAUAGAGCAUGUCAAUGCUAAGGCCACCUCCAAUGCCCAGAGGGUCCAGAAGUGGGUCAUUUUGGACAGAGAUUUCUCUAUAUCUGGGGGAGAACUGGGACCUACCAUGAAGCUAAAGAGGGGGGUUGUUGUCAAAAAGUUCCAGGAGAAAAUCAACAAGAUUUAUGGAAUGGCACAAGAAUAAUAGAGGAACUGAACAUGGACUAGAGAACACUUGAGGACUGUAGUUAUUGGACUAUUAAAUGCAUCUGUAGACAUUUGAGUGUGUCUUGUUUUCCAGUAACUAGAGAAUUAUCCCAUUGGUAUCUGCUCCAUAUCAAUAUUUAAGCUGUUUUAAUGUACAUAAGAUUUCACAGCAUUGAUAUUUGCACUUUUUUUGUAAAUAAACCUUAUAUUCAUCAUCAAUGCUAUACUGUACCCAUUUCAAGUAAAGGAAAAUGCCUCAAAACAAAAUCAUUAAUGAAAUGUUUGUUAAGUGAUUCUAUCAUUUUUUUGGAUGGUAUACUGUAAUAUUUUCAUUUUAUUUUAGCCAAUUAUUUUCCGUGUACAUUAUAAUAAAUAUUAAAAUGUUUAUUUUUACGGGUUAAAUGAACAUGAUCAAUAAAAGCAAACAAACUGUUCUGGACCCCCCAAAAAAACAUCA